AUGACGCUAACGGUAUCCAUGGAGGACAUGGAGCUGUUUCCAAAAGAUGCGCUACUCAACACCAAGCCUCACUCAACUCCAGUUGACAUCAAUUGCUUUACACAGAUGCAAUCCGCCCUCGAUCGCCUGUGGUGGUCCCGUUUGGUGAUUUCGGUACGCGGUUACGUUGUGAAUUACGUUCAAAACGACGACGAAAUUCUAUUUCACACCGAUGACGCCUUCAUUUGCAUUCAUCGAUUUCUCGCCGAAGAAAUGAGUGAUAUCAAACUAGCUCAACAGUUCAUCUCCGAUGCCGAUACGAUAGUCACGUACCCGUUGAUCAGCGAAACACUGCUGGCGCUCAGUUCAUCACGACAAAUCGAGAAUCCAUUCGUCGACAAAAGAGUGGGACCAGCAUUCACUCGAGUUUUCGGUCAACCGAAUGACGCCACUUAUCGAGUCGCCAAU